AUGUCGAACAUACAUCAAGUCUUCAGAGGCUCCCGCGGCGACGCGUCCCGUUGGCGACUCAACCAAACCCUCGAUGGGAACGAGCUGCGGUAUCAAGCCGCGAUCCGUGAACGCAGGGAGUUCAUCUACAAGAUUGGUGGACUAGACCAGCCUGCUUUCCCGGCGCCCUUCACGGCCUUCUACACGCUCUGGGACCUCUAUGCACCGAUUUUCUCGUGUCCAUUCCAAGCAUUUCGUGUCGGGGACCAUGGCGAUGGCGGGAAAUGGGUGUGCGGUUUUGAGCGUGUUAUCCAACAAGACCGCUGUAUCGUGUACUCCAUGGGAGUGAAUCAUCAGUCAAGCUUCGAGCAGCAGAUUCUGAGGGCUCGAAGUCAUGUACGGUCUAUGGAUUUGAUUUUUCCGUCUCUGAUUGGGGCCAACUCGUCGCUGAUACCGCUGUCAAUGCGCGCGCUCAUUUCUACCCUGGAAGAUCACCGGAGUGACAACCACGGUGCGGUGCCCAAAGAAUACUCGUUUCACGGUAUCAUGAAAGAAUUUGGGCACGAGUUUGUCGAUAUCUUGAAGCUCGAUAUCGAGGGAUCCGAGUUGAUGCUGGCAGCGAUUGUAGAUCGUUCAAAGGGC